AUGAGCUACGCUGCGCGCCCUGGUGGUGCGCCUAUGGGCACGGGUAUGCGCCAACCGGCCGUCGAGUACAUCUGUGCAGACUGCUCGGCUGUCAACGAAAUCCGUCCCCGCGAGCCCAUUCGCUGCCGCGAGUGUGGUCACCGUAUCAUGUACAAAAAACGCACCAAGCAUAUGCUGCAUUUCGAGGCGCGAUAA